AACCCCCCGCCUUUCGCCCCUCGCCUGAUCUCAACCCAAGCCUUCAAUCUCACAGCCCGUCCAUCUCCCUAAGCUGACAACAAUCCCACGCCGUGUUUCAGCCAACAUGGCGUCCAGCAUCGACAUGAAGCUUGAAUCGCAGGAGGUGACGGGUGUCCGCGAAGGUAGCAUUGCCACCAACACGGACGAAGCCAAAGCGCCCACUCCUGAAGCCACACCUUCUUCCACGACCGUUGCCGACAAGAAGUCUGGGAAGUCAAAGGAUGGCAAGAAGAAGGUAUCUUGUGGUAAGAAACACGGCAAGAUGAAGUCCAAAAAGGGCAAGAAGCCGACCCCGACCGAGGACUCGUCCAGUGAGAGUGACGAGGACGAUCAGAUAGCCCUAUCUGAGGACUCGAGCGACUCCGACUCGGCAUCUGAACAGGACGUCAAGAAAAAGCGUGUGCUAAAAAAGCGACAACAUACUCAAAAAACCAAGAAGAAGGCCAAGUCGGCAAAGAGGCUCAAGAAGCAAUCCAAGGCUCAGGAGACGUCCUCGGGUUCCGACAGCGAUGAUUCCGAUGGCCGUACCGAGGAAGAUUCGGACUCGGAUGUUACUCGCCAGAAUCAAGCGAAUGCCGGCCAGCAGCAAAUCCAGCAGCUUCAGGUACAGAUACAACAACUUCAACGAAAACUCGGUGGCGUUGUUCUGAGCCUGAACCAUGGCACUGCUUCGCUCAACAACGGUCUCAAUACUGGUCUCGGGUCCAGUGGCAGCCUCAACUCAGCGGUUUACGACCGAAUCCUCUUGGAACAGGGUCAUGCCGGACUUGGGCGCGGUCCGGGUAGAGCCCGCAGAGCACCCGGUCAACCUGCUGCCUUGGGCCUUGGCACAAGAAGCAACAGUUCUCUUGACAGCGAGAACCUUCUCGGCGACAGUGAACGCAUCGCGUCUAAAAAAGUGCACGGCGGCAAACGUCCCCAGCGAUUGGAAUUCAAGCGCGUUGACCAAGUGUGGGACUCAAAAAUCCACAACUAUAAGCUGCAAGACACAGCUGAGAAUGCUUCGGAUUCCAAGUACGACGAGUAUCUAUUCCACGUUCGGCGCACAUUUGACUGGGAGGGCAAGUAUAAGGCUACUAUCAUUGACAUCAAGAGCAAGCAGCUUCGUGAAGCCCUCCAAGACGUUAUGGGCAACAUCAAAGGAGUCAGCUUAGUCGAGGAGACACCUAAACUCGACCCCAACAUGCUAUUCCUGUACUUGGAGGAUCUUCGAGAGCACAUGCAAAACCUCAAGGAUCUCGAGCCUGAUGCUAAGACGAAGAAAGAGCGCAAGAAGGUCCAGAAGUGGAUUGAUGAGAAGCGACGCCACCUGAAAAUCUUGGUCAGGUACCUAGACAAGGACUACGCUCAGAUCAAGAAGAGCCUGUACCCUCUUCUCGAGAACGGACUAAUCACCUUUGAUCUGUCUUGGGCUCUGUGGAAGCCGAACACUCUGGCCUACACGACUACAUACGGUUCUCUUGACGAGCCACGUGUGUUCAAGGUAGAAGUGGCAGAGAAGCAUUACAGCAUCGUUAAGGGCGACUUUUACUACAUCGAGGGCAAGUAUUUUGAGUUUGACGGGAAGCAAUUCGGUUACGGGAGCAUUUCCGAGGAGAUAGGUGACUUCCGUGGCGCGCGCAAGAUUUCCAGCCUGAACUGCUACCCGCUAAAGUACCACAAGAAUGAGUCGCAACUUCGGCAGGACCUUAUCGAGCGUGGCAAGAAGUUUGUCAAUCUGGGGGGCGUGAACUACAAGAGCCAUCAGGGAAUGGCGUACUACAAGAAGAAGAAGACCGUGAUCAAGGUCAACAUCAAUGGCCGCAUCAUGGUGGAUCCCAGCAUACACCGCCGUAACAAUCCCAAUUACCCCAUCUCCCUCGUCCGGCCUAAGGAUCACGAUUUACUGAGUGACGACGAGGACAGCGACGAGGAGGGCGGCUGUUGCGGGUGUGAAUCUGAAGACGAUGCGGGUGACAGGGAUAAGGGGCUGCUCGACGAUGACGAGGAGGAUAACGUCAAAUACGUCACCAAGGUCUACCGCGAUAAGAAUGGCGAUGUCCACAUGGUCAAAGUGCCCAGGGAUGCGGCUGAGGGAGACGUGCCCAAGGAGAAGCUCGACAAGGUGGCCAGCAAGGCCCAGAAGGAGAACAGCGAGGACAAGGACGACGCCGAGUCCAAACCCACUUUUACCGAUGAGGAGUACCUCAUUGCUUCGCCGGUUGUUCUUGGAUUCGCUUUCGCCGAGAAGUUGUGGCUUGAAUUUACCGUGUCCGGAGUCAAGGAGAUUUCAUGGAAUGAGCAUGCGUACGAGUCGUUGGUACUCGAGACCAAGAUGAAGAAUAUUGUCAAGGCUCUCGUCGAGUCCCACAAGUAUCAUGCCGCCGAAAGCAUUGACGAUGUGAUCCAAGGCAAGGGUAAAGGCCUGGUCGCUGUCCUUCACGGGCCCCCCGGUACUGGCAAGACCCUCACGGCGGAGGGCAUCAGCGAAUUGCUCAAAUGUCCGCUGUACAUGGUUUCGGCUGGCGACUUAGGCACCGAUUCACGCUACCUUGAGGCCGAGCUUCAAAAGAUCCUCGAUAUUUGCCAUGCGUGGGGCGCAAUCCUUCUCCUGGACGAGGCCGACGUCUUCCUCGAGAAACGCAACAUGCACGACAUCCACCGCAACGCCUUGGUCAGCAUCUUCCUGCGCCAACUCGAGUACUUCCAGGGUAUUCUCUUCCUGACCACCAACCGCGUCGAGACCUUUGACGACGCCUUCCAGUCCCGUAUCCACAUCGCCCUCCGCUACGACGAGCUCGAUACCAAAGCCAAGAAGGCCAUCUUCAAGAUAUUCAUCGAGCGGGUCCGCGUGCUCGAGCAAAUCGACCUCAUGCCGUUUACGGAAGAAGACUACAAUACGUUGGCGCGCCACAACCUCAAUGGACGCCAGAUCAAGAACACGAUCCGCACCGCGCAGGCUCUUGCCGUCAACAAGGGUGAGCCGCUUAGCAUGCGGCAUAUCCGCGAGGUCCUCGAUGUCGCUAUCAGUUUUGAGCGUGAUCUCAAGGGUGGUACGGGGUAUCAGGAUGCUAUGAGGAGUUAUUUCUAGGCCGCCAUUUGCCCUGGAGAAAACUCGGAAACGGAAAAACGGCUUAUACUGACUGCUACGAACCCUCGAUUCGCGCUCUU